GCCCUUGCCGCCGUUGAUGAUGAAAAGUGACAGGCCUAUUCAGUGACGACAAACCGUCCCUCCUGUUCGCCUGCCUCGACCCCCGAUCAUGACGACGAUGAUGAAAAGAUCCAGAUUGGUAAAGUUUUCGUCAUCACUGCCGCCGACCAUUUUCAACAUUAUGGCCGCUUUGUUAUUCACAUUGAUAGCGGCUGCCCAAACUACUGCAACCACAACCACAACAGACCGAUUCACAAAUUACGCUUACGACGAUAACGAUAACGACGACGAUUAUUAUCAUCAACAAUCAUCCAUCAUCGAUGAUGCCAUCAAUCAAUCAACAUCCAUCGAUGACAGCCAUUCGUUUGGGCCAACAACAAGCCAUGAUCAUCAUCAGAUCACAAAUCAGAUCACAGAUCAGACCCAGCAGAUAUCGUUGCGUUAUUCAUUCUGGCUGACGAUAUUUAUUGCCGUUUGCAUAGCACUAUGUUCGAUCAUAACGAUAGCCGGCAACGCAUUGGUGCUGGUCGCUUUUUGCGUUGAACGUUCGAUACGGCAGCCCUCCAAUUAUUUUAUCUGUUCGUUGGCGGUAAGCGAUUUGUUUAUCGGUGUGAUAUCAAUGCCCUUCUAUGCUGUUUACGAACUGAUGGGACGAUGGGAUUUGGGCGCUAUCCCGUGUGAUCUAUGGUUAGCCACCGACCACACCGUAUGCUUGGUUUCCAUUUAUACAGUACUGUCGAUAACGAUCGAUCGUUAUUGUUCGGUGAAAAUAGCGGCCAAAUAUCGUUCAUGGCGCACCAAACGUAAAGUGCUGUGGUUGAUUGCCGUCACAUGGAUUGUACCGUUCUUGGUGUUUUUCACCUCGAUUAUGGGAUGGGAAUAUUUCACCGGCAAACGAGAAUUGUCACCAGGUGAAUGUGCGGUACAAUUUUUGAAGAAUGCUGUAUUCAAUACUUCGCUGAUAAUUGGCUACUUCUACGUUACUAUUGUGAUAUUGAUCGUAUUGUAUAUGGGCAUUUACCGUACCGCAAGUGAAAUGGCCCGCAAAUCUGAUGCCAAACAAAAAAAAAUCCAGCAAAGUUUGGCGCCGAUUGUCGUACAUCAGGAUACUGGCGGCGGUGGUGGCUCGGACAAUCGCAACCAACGAACUUCGAAACCAUCGAAAAAAGCGGCCAAACAAAUGUUCAUUCUAUUGACGCAGCCAAACCACAGCCCCGAAACGACUCAAUCGCAAAGUGAUUCAGCCGUUGACCAAACGCAAACGCAAAAACCAGACCAGCAAAUCUCACGUGAUGAAAUCACAAUGACAACAACAUCAUCGAAUACUUCUUCAAAUGAAACCAAACCGGUGUCGACCUCUGUCGGUGGCAAGCUAAUCAAAACUUGUGACUGUCACCAUGGCGGCUCGACCAAGAAGAAACUGCGACAACGAUCAAGUCAUCAUUCGCUGGACGAAUUCGAUGACGAGUAUGACUACGAUGAGGAAUUCGAUUAUGAAGAAGAAGAACGAUCAAGUUCGCCAACAUUCGAAUCAGAUGAAUCGGACAAUCUUUCCAUCAAUCGCAACCAACAACAACAACAACAACCGCAACCACGACGAGCAAGACGCAAAAAACUAAAAAGUUUUCUUGGCAAAAAUAUGCCCAUCGAAUCGAUUGCACCGUUUUCGUCGUUAGCCAUGCCAGCUGCCGUCAGCAGCGAUAACAAGGCGUCUGCGGAAUCUGUGAAGCCGCGAAAAUUAUCCCGUAAUUUCGUCAAUCCUUUUCAUGCGCAUCACCCACAUCAUUUGUCGCCGACAGUGAGUCGACCAUAUCGGAAUCAUCAUCAUCACCUUUAUCCAUCGCAAUUGACUUCGUUUCAGCAAACACCUGACCUAUGUAAAGGUCCUCUGAUACCUCGAUCACCAAUCGUUUCGAAUAGCGAUAAUAACACCACAGCAACCACAACCAACAACAAUCAUCAAUUCCGUCGAUUAGUCGAAUUGAGUCGAAAGAAAGAGCAUAAAGAGUCACUGACAACCACAGACCAAACAACCAAUGACAACGAUGCCAAAAUUGAUCUCACCCUUUCCAGCAGCACUACAGCGUCGCUUGAGCCAACGCACACUUUGAUAGUGACAGCAUCGGGCGGUACUCAAUCUACCAUGGUGACCACAACGGCUGCUAUAUCGUUGCGUAGAGCGGGAGAAUUUCCGCCACUAGCAUCGAUGACCAACAAUGGAUCAUCACCAAAUGAACAUACGCAUUUAUUGUUGCAUCAAACUGGCCAACAGCAACCAACCAAAGCAAAAUCGGAACCAGCUCAGCCGUCUACCAAACUGCGAACAGAAGGCGAUCCUGAGCCGCCAUCGGCCAGCGACCGUCCAGGACGCUUUCGUCGAGCAAAACGAACGAAGAAUAGUUUGACCAAAAAACAGCCGAGUGCGAUUACGAUCACGACCAACGUUAAAAGCCAUCGCCGCUAUCACCACAAUCACCAUCAUCAACGCGAACAACAACGACAGAAAUCUAAAUCAGAAAAUCGCGCCCGGAAGGCUUUGCGAACAAUAUCGUUUAUUCUGGGCGCUUUCAUUCUAUGUUGGACACCAUAUCAUAUAGUGGCUUUGGUGGAGGGUUUCUGCUCCGGUUGUAUAAAUCAUCAUUUUUUCUAUUUUACAUACUUUCUUUGCUACGCCAAUAGUCCAUUGAAUCCGUUUUGUUACGCGAUGAUGAAUCAACAAUUCAAAAAAACUUUCAUUCGAAUAUUGAGCGGUGAUCUUCAUCGAACCUAGUUCAUCAUCAUCAUCAUCCUCUCCAAACAAUUCAACGCUGGUGAUCCUGACCCGACUGACUGAUUUGGCACACACGGUCCACCAAAAUGAUAUCGCAAACACCCUUAUCGUCUCUCUCUUUCUCUCUGACAUUCUCUCAUUCUUUCCAAUUAGCCAAUACAGACAUUGCAUAACA